AUGCUUCGUUUGUCACAAGUCAUACGACAAUGCAGAACGGCUUGUAAUAACGCUCUUAUAAACUAUGUUAAGAAGCUAGAAACAAAAACACUUAUUGAAAUAAUUCCUCAACAAAUGGUAAACUCAAUGACCUACGACAAGCUCUCAGAGCUUUUUAUCCUCAUUGUUACAAAAGUUGACAAAGAUACGGCUGAUAGUUUGCACCAUGGUUGGGCUCAAGCCUAUUAUUAUCAUACAGAGGGUUGGGUCGAAAAUGAUUUGACACUCGAGGAUGUAGAGGAUACAUUUCCUUCCGUCCUUCGAUUCCUUGAAAUUUUUGAUAAGCAACUCAAAGUUGAUAACCAAAUGGCUUUGUAUCUAAAAGAAAACUUGUUCGACAUCAAUCUAGAUGAACAUGCAAUCCAAACCAAUAAGGAUUCUGAGAAUGAAAAAGUGGAUCAAAUCCUUUGA